GCGCGGCUUUUUUUGCCUGCCGUGUUUGCAGACGCAUUCUCUUUGCGCACCCACUGCACGCAAGCAAAAAAACCGCAUUUUCCUUCUCUUCUUUUCUCUCUUUCCUUUUUAAAUACCCUCACUUUAUUCUUUUUAUUCACCGCCAUAAAUACACACAACCACAACCACAACAACAACCAGCACACCCUAUUUUUACUCUUAUUCUUUAUUUUAUUACUCACUCCCCAUCUGUACUAAAACGCCAUCAUGAAGACCCUGCUUAGCAUCGCGACCCUGGGCGCACUGGCCCUCAGCUACAGCGGCCAGGCAUCCGCAGCCGUGCACACCAUCGCCAUCAAGAAGGUGAACGAGUCUCCCGAGGCUACCCUCCAGCGCUACGCCAACACUGGCAGCUACAUUUCGCAAAAGUACUUUGGCGCCGGCACACUGGACAAGUUCUCAUCGCAGCAAGGGAGCGCCUCCUUUGGCGUGCCCAUUUCGAACUUUAUGAAUGCGCAGUAUUACGGCGAGGUUGAUAUUGGAACUCCUGCGCAGACGUUCAAGGUUGUUUUUGACACUGGGUCGUCGAACCUCUGGGUGCCGUCGCAGGAGUGCUCUUCUAUUGCGUGCUUCUUCCAUAAGAAAUACGACCAUUCGCAGAGCUCUUCUUAUAAGGCCAAUGGAACCGAAUUUGCCAUUCGGUACGGGUCUGGGUCGCUCGAGGGGUAUAUGAGCGAGGACACGCUGAAUGUCGGCGGUAUUGAAAUUGAGAAGCAGCACUUUGCUGAGGCCACAAAGGAGCCCGGGCUUGCGUUUGCUUUUGGCCGCUUCGAUGGCAUUCUUGGUCUCGGCUACGAUACUAUCUCGGUUCUGGGCACGGUGCCGCCGUUCUACCACAUGGUCAACCGCAAGCUGAUUGAUGAGCCGAUGUUCUCGUUCUACCUGUCGGAUAACAACAAGGGCGAGGGCGACGUCGGUGAGAUGACCCUCGGCGGCUACAAUAAGGACCACUUUGAGGGCGAGCUGCAGUGGGCCAACGUGCGCCGCAAGGGAUACUGGGAGGUGGACCUGGAGAAAGUCAAGUUUGGCAAUGACGAGAUUGAGUUGGAGAACACGGGCGCUGCCAUCGAUACCGGCAGCUCUCUGCUGGUCCUGCCAACCACGCUCUCUGAUAUGAUCAACAAGGAGAUUGGUGCCAAGAAGAACUUUGCUGGACAAUACAUCGUUGACUGCGCCACCGUGCCAUCGCUGCCGCCGUUCACGCUGCAGUUUGGCGGCAAGGAGUACGCGCUGGAUGCCGAGGACUACGGCCAGUGUCCCCUCGGCCCCAUCUGGAUCAUCGGAGACGUGUUCCUGCGCAAGUUCUACUCGGUGUACGACCUGGGCAAGAACCGCGUUGGUUUUGCUAAGGCGCGCUAAGCGUCGUCUUUUCACUUCUUGUUUUAUUCAACAGCUUGAUACAGUUCAAUUCAACUUAGUUCAGUUCAUCUUUAUUUUUUGAGAAUUUAA